AUGUCUGCGGUAGUCUGUGGCAAGAGGUCCUCCAUCUUCGCCGACGAGCUCCUCCCGCCGUCCCCUCCCUCCCCUCACUCCUCCCACCAGCCGGCGGCCAAGCGGUCCCGCCGCUCCCCCUCGCACCGCGGCGGCUCCGACGGACGCCGACGGGAGGCGCUCGUCCACCAUCUACUUGCGCUCUUCCCCGACAUGGAUCCCCAGGUCUGCCUCCACCGCCGCCUCACUUUAUCCUUCCACCCCCUCCCAUUUUCCCGAUUUACUAGUGGGACCAUUUUUGGUGCUAUGCAAGUUGUGUAUUGUAGCCAGUCUGAGCCUGUGAUGUCCCCAUUGCUUGAAAAAGCUCUGGAAGCAUCUGGAGACGACUUGGAUUCUGCAAUAAAGAGUUUGAAUUUGCUGCGCUUAGAGUCACAAGAGGCUAUCUUGUCAUCAACUGGUUUCCAACCUGAAAAUGGUCAGCAUACAGAAAUUCAGCCUUCCGUUGAAGGUAUUCCUAACGGUGGUGUGGAUACGGUUACAGAACAUCCACCUACUGUAGAUAAUUACCAGACAAGUAAUAAUGGCUCUGAAUGGGUUGAGCUAUUUGUCAGAGAGAUGACAAAUGCUUCUGACAUAGAUGAUGCACGGGCUCGUGCGUCAAGAGCUUUGGAGGCUUUGGAGAAAUCGAUUGUAGAGCGUGCAGGAGCUGAAGCUACACAGAACCUGCAUAAGGAAAACAUGAUGCUCAAGGAGCAACUGACUGUUGUUCUGCGAGAGAAUGCUGUGCUGAAGCGGGCAGUUGCCAUUCAACAUGAGCGCCAAAAGGAGUUUGACGAGAGGUCUCACGAGGUCCAGAGCUUGAAGCAACUUGUUUUGCAGUACCAGGAGCAAGUUAGGACUCUGGAGAUAAACAACUAUGCACUCACAAUGCACCUCAAGCAGGCUCAGCAGAACAGCUCCAUACCUGGGCGUUUCAACCCGGAUGUCUUCUAA